AUGCUCACGAAGCGCGCCAUCUUCCCUCCCUUAUCGCAAUGUAGAGCCUACACCACACCUCGCACCCUCCCCGUCCUCCCCGACGCCUCGCUCGAGACCUUCCGCUCGCAAGCCUACCAGCCCGCUAUACCCGUCUUACUCCCCCGGAACACCUUUGCGCACUUACCUGCAAUCUCCAAAUGGUUCAUCCCCCGUUAUCAGCAAAGCGGUGGAGGCGUAGCAGGUGAAGCAGCGCUCAACCGCACCUACCUCUCCCGCUUCGGCUCGACCAUCGUUCCAUUAGAGAUCAGCAACAAUGAGCAUUUCUCGCGGACAGAACAGUCCCUAUCCUUCUUCCUCGAGUGCGUACACGCCGCUUCCUCAAACUACUCCACCCGCACGAACCGCUAUUUCAGCGCCUACGUGCCCGGUGCUCGCGCGGUCAAGCGGACGAGAGUGUCUAACGACUUCUUCAGUGCUGCUGCUCCUGCUGCUGCCGUGACAGCGAAGCCGGCGGCUAGGGUAUAUCUCGCGCAAGCGCCUAUCGUGGACCUGCCGCAGGGGUUGAGGGAGGAUGUGCCGGUCCCGGAGAUCGUGCUGAAGGCCGGGAAGGGCGAUGUCUACGACUCGAGUAUCUGGCUGGGUGACGCGCCGACCUUCACACCCCUCCAUCGAGACCCGAACCCGAACCUCUUCGUGCAAUUGGCGGGGAAGAAAGUGGUACGGCUGUGCAAGCCGGAGGUCGGGAGGGGGAUCUUCGCCAAAGUGCAAGAGCAGAUUGGCGGGUCGGCGUCGGAUGUGAUGAGAGGGGAGGAGAUGAUGCAGGGUGCGGAGAAGAAGGCGCUGGAAGCUGAGGUCUGGGACGAUGAGCAGAGGGGGGAGAACAGCAGCAGCAGUGUGCUGUGGGAAGCCGAGCUGAGUCCGGGAGACGGACUGUUCAUACCCAAGGGCUGGUGGCAUAGUGUCAAAGGUGUUGGGAGCGGGAUGACUGGGUCGGUCAAUUGGUGGUUUAGAUGA